CUCUCAUCUUGGGACCGAUGGACUGAACCGUCGAGGACCCAUGAUGGCAGCUAACAAGAAUGGAAAACGACUCGUUAGACGAAGGUCAAACGUCUGCAAUGGCACUUCGACGCCGAUCGCUUCCGCUUCAGAAUCUUCAUCGGCGUCAGCGUCAGCGUCCGCCUCUGCCUCGAUUUGGCCAACGUCAGCUGCUUCGGAAAGCCCUUCACCCUCUGCUACCAAUAACAAUAAUGGAGCUUCAGCCAGCGCUUCACCCAGUCCAUCAGCAUCUGCCGGGUCUAGUCCAUGGACUCUGGUUGAUACUUGGUCUGGAUCCAAUUUCUUUGAUAAUUGGAACUUUUGGUCGUGGGCCGAUCCGACUCAUGGUGAUGUCGACUACGUCGAUGUCGGUACGGCUUGGAACAAUGGACUGAUCUCCAUCAACGAUCAAGGCGAUGCCAUCAUGAGACUUGAGACGACCAACAACUUGAACAGAUCUAGACAGUCGGUCCGCAUUCACGGAAACUUGGUCUGGACAGGGGGUCUCGUCUUGAUGGAUGCUCGUCACAUGCCUUAUGGCUGUGGGACAUGGCCAGCAUGGUGGCAGAACGGUCCCAAUUGGCCCACGGGUGGUGAAAUCGAUAUCAUUGAAGGUGUCAAUGGAUUCACUCAGAACCAAGUGUCCCUGCACACCGCUCCAGGAUGUUACAUGCCCACCGAUUCGAACAACUUCCAAAAGGGCACAUACACCACUGGAGACUAUGAUUCCUACGAUUGCUCGAGCGCGGAUACCGCCAAUCAAGGAUGUGGAGUUAGGGAUCAAGUCGAUCCCAACACAUACGGUCAGCAAUUCAACACGAUCGGUGGCGGAGUUUAUGCCAUGUCAUGGGCCUUGGACGGAAUCAACGUCUGGUUCUUCCCUCGAUCGCAGAUCCCCAAUGAUAUCCUUAACGAUGCUCCUCUCCCGAGCACUUGGGGAACUCCCAUGGCCAGCUUCUCCUCCGACUCUUGCAGCCCAUACCAGUACUUUUAUGAUCACUACAACAUCUUCGAUACCACUCUCUGUGGAGAUUGGGCUGGAUCCGAUUGGGUCUGGCAAAAUGCUGGUUAUGCCGGUCAAGAUCAAUCGUGUGCAGCUUUAACAGGUUACAGUAACUGUGUGGACUAUGUCAGAGCUCAAGGCAGCGCGUUCCAAGAUUCCUUCUGGCAAGUCUCCUACGUCAAGUAUUUCAACUCGACGACUCUGGUGUAAAAACAAAAAAUUACCACCUCUUGGAGACUUUAUGGAGCUUUUGUCGCGCCUUGCUCAACCAAAUGGCACACUUUUCACACCCUCGCUCGACCUGUCGACCCCUCGAUUGUAUCGACACCCGUUCUCCCCGUCUACGCCCCGAAGCAAACCUGGCAAACAAACAUCCUUUCCUCCCGUCGACAUCUUCACUUGCGAUACAGGAUUUCUCGAUCGCCGGUCCUUCGAGAUCUUUUGCGAGUAAAUACCGGACAAGAUUCUUCUAUCCAUCCCUCCUCCGACCUCAUCUUGUCCAAUCUAAAAACGUAGGUAGGAUCCUCUACGUAGUUGUAGCCUUGCUUGAUGCAUUAAUUCAUAAUCGGUCAAA